AUGAGACUACUGGCUUUGGCUGUGGUUUGCGCUCUCAUUGCUAUCCAGGAUGGAGGGAGUGUGGGAGCAGCUCUGCCAGGAGUCGACCCUGCACAGAGAACACAUGCAACAGGUGGCUACUGAAUUGUGGACUGAUGUGUCUGGGGUUUGCCUUCAGGAGCAGUGUCCUCUGCAUUCAGGAGAACAGCAGGCGACUUCCUGGCAGAGGAUCCGAGCCUCUGCUUUUCCCUGAGAGAGAACGAGGACCAGAGGCAGCUCCUUUGCAAUGAUCGCAGAAGUAAUUUCAACUACAACCCUCUCAGCCUUCGCUUUGGAAAACGCUACAACGGCUACAUUUACGGAAGAGCUGUUAAAAGAGCCAGAACGAAAAAGGUUUCACCCUUUUCUCUGUUCUUGCGAGAACUGGAGGUGCCCACCUGA